GAGGAGUGAGCGCCGCGUGGAUCUCUCCUCAAAAGUUUAGUGUCCAAGAGUGUGAGUGUUUGUGUGGGAGACUGUGAAUCAGAUUCAACGGAAUACAAAACGUCCUAGAAUUCGAUAAGAAAAAGCCUGAAGAGAAAAGAAAGAACAAUGUCAAGUGCAAUCAUGAGACGAAACUCCAGCAAACAGGGUUUGCAGAAUCUUCUGAGAGUGACGGCCCAGCGGAGUAUCGAAGAUGCAGAGGAGAUUGAGAGAGAGAGACGGCGUAGGGCCCGGGAGGCCUUCCGCAAUCAACAUAGCCCGUCUGGAUCUGCAGGGUUUUCUCAUGACAGUACAAGCCCACCUGAGGCAAGCCUCUACGAAGGUGAGCUCAGCACCUUUAAACCCAGCAGCCCUAUGACUCUGGAUGAGGAUGAAGGCUUUAGCGACUGGACUCAGAGGCUGGAAAGAGGAAAACGUCCUAGACCAGAAGAGAACGGUCGUGGGAAAGAGCUGCAAGUUGAGGACAGAAGAGUAAAUGCAAGAUCUAGACAAAAGGAGAAGACCAGUUUCACCACCUCAAUACAACCUCAACAAGCUCAAAACACAAACCAAGAGGAUGAGGUAGAGGGACAAAGACCAGCAAGGAAGAGCAAUGAGAGGACGAACUGUCAGAAUCCAGAGGAAUGGCAUGAAGUCAUCAGAGACAACAAAAGAACACAAGAAGAAACAAAACCACCAAUGGAGAACAAGAUGAAAGAGGAGAGAAAGGAGUUGAAGGUGUCAUACACUUCUAAAGUCUUCCUACAGCAGGACAGACUGCCUAAUGGCAAUGAAGUAGCAGCUGUUGAGGAAGUGACAUCACAUUUGGUCAAAACCAAAAGAUCUCCUAGGACUGUAGGUAAAGAUCAAGCCCUUGAGACAAAGAAAGAGAUGGACACUGGUCUAGAGACAGAAAUGAAGCUUGAGAAGAUUCGUCGUAGCCACCAGGAGAAAGAA